AACAGUCACUUUGUAACAGUCUGGCAACCCUUGGCGAUUGUUUAUUGUUUGGUUUCUGCCGCGAAUUCUCAAAAUUGUUUAAAUUUGGUUUAUUGCAGCCUUGUUAUGGAUCAAAAUGUCAAGAAUAUCGAUAUCAAACUUGAAAAUAUUGAAGUCCUGACAACCGGAACAGCGGCGGAGUUUGUAAACGGCAUCCUGGACUUUUUGCUCUACCAACGCCGUCAAAUUCCCUUCGUUUACAAGACAUACAAAUACUAUGUUGAAAAGUGGUUCGAUGCAGAGGAAUCAACAGAUCAGAAGUCUUACGCCCAGUAUCAGCUUGACCUUCAACGAUUAAAGGCAAAGGCCACCAAAGAAUCCAUAAGUGACAUGAGAGAGCUCAUUCGACAAGCAUUCAGGACAUCAUGUGUCAAGAGCCUGCGAUUUCUGUUUGGCAGCAAUACGUUCUUACCCUCGGAGGCUUAUACCCUGCACAUACCACAUAAUUCCAUAUCGAGGGAUCACUUUUGCGAGCACCAUGCUCUGCCAGAAGGUCGUGUAAACCAAGCAUUGCUCCGCCUUCUCACCUGCGAAGAGCUGUACAGCCUUUUCUCCACCGAACUGAAUGCCACCAACGUAUACCUUGAAAUUGAACUCUUAGCUCGUACAGAAACUGAUCAAGGUUCCAAGGGGGAAUCUGCAAAUCUGAUACCAAAGGACUUUUUGAGUCAAUUGCCCCGCAGUUGUAAGAAUAUACACCUGCACCUCUUGCAUAGCACUGAAAAUCCAUCGACUGAAUUGCGUUGCUGCAAGGAGUUGGCCAUUUAUGAGGAUCUUGGGUUGCUGAACCUGGAUAAAUCUGAAGAAGAAAUAAGCCGGACAACCGAUUCUGUGGAGACUGUCGAGGAAUCCAGUGAAUGGUGGCAGUCCGAAAUCAUAGUGCAGGGUUUCAGGGCUCCUACCAAUCAAAAGCCGUCAGAUUUUUGGUCUAGCAAAAAUUAAUACAUAAUUAAUAUGGACAUUCAAGUCUGGAGGUUUGUGCAGGUGCCAAGAAUUAAGUGUCAAUUAGUGAUGUCUUAUAUUCAAUAUUUCCGUGCAUUUUUUAUUAAAAUAAUAAGUGUAAGUCCUUUCAAACAUGUA